AUGGUCUUCGAAUCACCAGCAUGGGCCCGAGCCCUCCCUUCAGUGCCUCUCCCAGACAGCAUCACAGUCGAAGAAUUCAUGUAUUCAGAAAAACAUGGCCGCAAAUCGUUGGAACUGUCCCGCAAUCCAUAUACCUGUGGAUUGACGGGCCAGACGUAUAAUGUUGCUGAGGUCCGAGAAAGGGUCGACUCUAUGGCCAGGGCCAUAGCAAAAAGACUCGAUUGGAGUGUCGCCAACGGCACGGAAUGGGAUAAGGUGGCUUGUGUGUUUUCUUGGAACACGAUCGAUUACGUUCCGUUGACUCACGCAUUGCAUCGCCUUAACGCCAUUGCUUCGCCUGCAAAUGCAGCAUAUAGCGUGUCUGAACUUACACAUCAACUUCGCUCGACAAGUGCAAACGCCUUAUUCACAUGCGUCCCUCUCCUUCCCGUGGCUUUGGAGGCAGCGGCAGCGGCAAAUAUCUCCAAAGACCGUAUUUUCAUUCUCGAUAUGCCUGGUCAAAUAAAUAACAACAAUUAUGUCGCCCUAUCUACGUUGAUAGAUGAGGGAAGACACUUGCCUCCGCUCCCACCAUUGCGAUGGGUCAAGGAGCAAGGAAAACGACAGGUUGCCUAUAUUUGCUUCUCUAGCGGGACCUCUGGCCUUCCGAAAGGUGUCAUGCUAUCUCACUACAACAUCAUCAGUAAUGUUGCCUUGCAAGCUGCGUAUGAGACCUAUGGGCGGAAAUUAGCUGGCGUUGAGACACAGGUCGGACUGGGUCUACUGCCUUUCAGCCACAUAUAUGGACUGACCAUCAUCUCUCACAUAAUGCCGUGGAAUGGCGAUGAGGUCGUGGUGCUCCCAAGAUAUAAUCUAAGCCAAAUGCUCGCAGCCAUACAAAAGUACAAAGUCCGCCAGUUACCGCUUGUUCCGCCUAUCGCCAUCCAGCUGCUCCAGAACAAAAGCAAAUGCGAUUCAUACGACUUGAGCAGUUUAGAAUGGGUCACUUCAGGUGCUGCACCCCUCGGUGUCGAGACAAUCGAGAGUAUGCAGAAAUUAUGGCCGAGAUGGAAAGUUGGGCAGGGCUAUGGCUUGACAGAGAGUAGUCCUGCUGUUUGCGCCACAAGCGAGCAUGAAAUUUUCAACGGCACUUCUGGGUCAGUCAUGUUGGGGACUCGAUGUAAGGUUAUUGAUACGGCUGGUAAAGAGGUGACUGAGUUUGAGAAGCAAGGCGAACUCUUCGUCCAAUCUCCACAAAUCUGCCUCGGCUACAUGAACAAUGCCAAAGCCACAGCAGAGACGUUUGUGUGGGAUGAAGACGGCCGAUGGCUUCGAACAGGUGACGUCGUUGUCGUACGUCUGUCACCCCUUGGCACAGAGCAUAUCGUCAUCGUUGACCGAAUCAAAGAGCUCAUUAAAGUAAAGGGAAACCAAGUGGCUCCUGCAGAGCUCGAGGCGCAUCUUCUCUCUCACCCUUUCGUUGCAGAUUGUGCAGUCAUCCCUGUUCCCGAUGAUUUCGCCGGAGAAGUGCCCAAGGCCUUUGUGGUCAAAGAUGCUGGCACGGGUACUAAGUCUGACGAAGAGAUAAAGACUAUAAUUUGCAAAUAUGUUGAAAGUCACAAGGCAAAGUACAAGUGGCUUCAGGGUGGUGUGGAGUUUAUUGAAACCAUUCCCAAGAGCCCCAGUGGUAAGAUCCUUAGACGUGUUUUGCAAGAAAGAGAGAAGGUGGCGCUCAAAGAGUUCUUUUAA